AUGGUGUCUCGUAAUGGUGAUUUAUUAAGUUUUGUUCUUGGUCUUACAUCGGGUAUAAUUGCUUUAAUCAGUUUAAUAUUAACUUGUAGUGGUGUUGGUCUUCCAUCAUGGUACAUUGGUACAAAUGCUAAUAAUACAAAUGUUAUAGUUGAAGCGAAUUUAUUUUAUGCUUGUUUCGCUUCAAAUGUUAGUCAAGGAACGAGGUCAACAAAAUUGAGUUGUACUUCUUAUAAUUCGUAUAUAUGUUCAACAACAUCUUAUAUAAAUCGAGUAUUAAAUGUAACAGCAUAUUUAUCUGGAUGUACAAAUCCGACAAAUGGAUCAUCAACAUAUUUAACUCAUGUUGGACCAAUUUAUCAAAUAUUAAUUGAUGAUUAUUAUCGUUUACGUAAUGCUGCUAGUUUUUCAAUAAUUACAAUACUUUCUAUAUUUUUUUCAACAAUAUUUACAUUUCUAACUUCAAUUAUUCUAUUGAAUAUAUAUUUCGUUUAUCUUGCACCAAUACUUGCUUGUAUAGGUGUUAGUUUUGGUAUAUGUUGUUUGGUAUUUGCUGGUUCUGUUCUCAAUUAUACAGGUGCUGGUUUUGCUUUAUUUGUUGUUGGAGUUUUACUUGAAGUUCUCGUCAUAACAUUAUCAUCAAUUGUAGCUGGAAGAUUAAAUCAAAUAGACAAAGUUGAUGAAAAUAAAGAUAAUGAACAAAUGUCUAGACAUCGUAGUACUUCACCUAUUUAUGUUCGAAGAGCACAUAAACGAAGAAUUUAA